CAGGACUGCGGCAGGGGCACGAAACUCGAACACAAAGCCCAAAAAGGCCCCUAAAAAAGAAAAAGGAAAAAAAAAAGAAAAAAAGAGAAGAUCUAACAGAAACCGAACUUUCAGAAAGGCACCCGGAUUACUACGCAAGAAUAGCUCAAUUUGCGAAGUUAUGUGUCUCAAAAUAUGGUAAAAAAUAUGAUUAGGCGGGUCAUAUAUAGAAAUAACUAAAAUUUUUUAGGGGCUGUACUUGCAGAAUUGUAGCAUUUAGUGCUGUAAGGUUUUAUAUCUGUUUGCACGGGGGAGGUAUAUGAGUUAAGAUCGUCUUUUUUCCUGAGGAGAUUAUAAGCUGUAAAGCGUAGAGCAUCGGUUUCCUUGAGACUCGACUCCAAGUAUUUUCAGAAUGUUUGCUGCUAAAUUGCGGUCGUGGGCCUAUCCUCUUAUCUAUGCAUUCUAUCUCCUUAUAUCAUUAGUACAAGUUGAUGGAGCCAAUGUGGAUAUGACCAUCUUGACUGGUGCAGUGGCCAAAGGCGCAGUUUGUUUGGAUGGGAGUCCCCCGGCUUAUCAUUUCUCGCCGGGUUCUGGUUCCGGGGUGAAUAAUUGGUUGGUUCACAUGGAGGGAGGAGGCUGGUGCCGGGGUACCCAAGAAUGCCUAGCCCGAAGAGAUACCCACAGAGGCUCUUCCAAAUAUAUGAAGCCGCUGUCGUUCUCUGGGAUUUUAGGCACCGAGAAAAGCUCUAAUCCUGAUUUCUAUAACUGGAAUAGGAUUAAGAUCAGGUACUGCGAUGGUUCGUCCUUUACGGGGGAUAUUGAGACAGUUGAUCUUGCAACAAAUCUUCACUAUAGAGGUGCCAGGGUUUGGCUUGCUGUUAUCGAAGAUCUCUUAGCAAAGGGGAUGAACAAGGCUGAAAAUGCUCUUCUCUCCGGUUGCUCAGCUGGAGGCUUGGCAUCUAUACUGCAUUGUGAUAAAUUUCGUGAUCUCCUACCAGCAAGCACAAAAGUUAAAUGCCUUUCCGAUGCCGGUUAUUUUAUCAACGCGAAGGAUGUUUCUGGAAAUGAUUCUAUCAGAACUUUUUAUCAAGAUGUCGUAACCACACAUGGGUCAGCAAAGAAUUUGCCAUCUUCCUGCACUUCCAGGAUUUCACCAAAUUUGUGCUUCUUCCCGCAAUAUGUAGUGCCAGAGAUGCGCACACCUCUUUUUAUACUGAAUGCAGCAUAUGAUGCAUGGCAGAUCAAGAACAUAUUGGCACCCAGUGCUGCUGAUCCCUUUAACACUUGGGACGAAUGCAAACUGAAUAUAAAGCGGUGUUCUUCGAGCCAACUUGUGACCAUGCAAGAUUUCAGGUCGGAGUUUCUAAGUGCAAUUCCAAGACAAGGGAAGUCGUCGUCGACUGGCAUGUUCAUAGACUCCUGCUACGCCCAUUGCCAGUCUGGUUCACAGGAUACAUGGCUGGCUGCUGGUUCUCCUGUUAUUGAAAAGAUACCAAUUGCGAAAGCCGUCGGAGAUUGGUAUUUUGAUCGGGAUAUCGUUCAGAAGAUCGAUUGCCCUUAUCCUUGCAACCCAUCAUGUCGCAACCGUGAGGAUGAUUCCGUCCAGGAUUAGUCAUAAUUUGUAGCUCCGGCCAUCAGCGCAAGGGUGGCCUACGGGCUUUCAUCCAAACCCAAAACAAACAUCCGCAAGAGUACAAGCACGGUGCUCAUCAAUUUGCUAACGGUUAUUGGAACAGAGAGUUAAAAUAGUAAAAUUAAUAUCAAUUUCAGCUCUUAAUUAUAAUCCUUUGAUUUGCCCUUUGGUGUGCUAUUAAUGAAGUUGAUGGAUUCCGAUUUUUUGGACGUUAGUUGAAAACUAGCAAUAAAAUUCAAGGUUUGUGUGGACCAA